UUUGAAUUCUUGUUCUUUCUUCUUCAGACUCGUAUGAAGGAAACUGGAACUCUCAGAUACUAAAUGAUUAAAACAUGUGCGGCUGCCGAAACUACAUUAAUUUGAUAGGUGGAUGCACUUUUGACAACAGCAGUUUUUUACCUAGGUUUUACUGUAAUUGAUCCAACGGUUACAGGCCCUGUUAAAUAUUAAUCAGAAAUCAGGAAUUAAUAAUGGCCACAAGGAAGUUUGAUCCAUACAAUGACCCUGACCCGGAUGAAAUGGAGUGGGUAAUUUAUGCGAAAGGAAUCACUAAAACACCGUUUGAGACGUGGUUAAGGAAGAACUUACCUUCGCGCGUGAGAAGAGAUGAAGGCUAUGGCUGGGUGUGUGUAUACAACGGGUCUGAAAAGCGGAUCGCCUAUGGAGAAGAAGAGGACUUAGAUGGAUUAUUUGACAGUUGGGAGGAACAUCUUGAAGCGAAAAAGCCUGUAAAUUACGAAACAAUCAAAGAUCUUGCCUUAAAACAUAGGAUAUUGUGUGGAAAAUGGUUACUGUUUACAAAUCAAGGUGGCAAAGUAGAUCAUCUGUGGUCCCUUAUAGCAUCAUCUAUUGUAGCAGACGACAUUCCUUGUCAUACUGCCAAAGUGAGUACAUCCGAUGACGACGUGAAUCACGUGAUCUGUAUUUAUAACUCGGAUUUUACGGACAAGGACGAGGUUUUAGAUGCCGAGGAAGCGAUACGAAACAUGGGUAUAAAAGGCAGGCUUCAGUACAAACCGGACAUUUAUUCGUAUCUUUCUGUCUACGCGAAAAAUGAAUGGAAGCUAAAACCGUUUACUAUGACAAGCCAGUACAAUCUGCUAACGAAAUCCUCGAUAAUUGAAAGCUACGUGUAAAUUGUUUAAAUACCAAUUUCCGUUGAAAGGGGUCAGACUUAUUAAGUUCUAGGCAGUCAUGGUUAUGAAAAGAAAAGAAAUGUAAAGCUAGUUUAUGUAAAGUUUACUAAAUUAUAUUAUGUGAUGCUUAUGAUAAGUUAAGUAUGAGUAAACCGUAUCCCUGCCAACAUAAUAAACAUGUUUAUCUGUAAAUUCUAUCAAUAAGAUUCCAGAUGUCUGUCUUAAAAACUAUUUUUAGCUCGACUAUUCGAAGAAUAGUCUAGAAAUUCUACUCACCCUGGCGUAGGCGUCGGUGUCGGCAUCGGCGUCGACGUCACACCUUGGUUAAAGUUUUGUAUGCAAGUACAUAUGGCUAUCAUUUAAAGGCAUAUAGCUUUGAAACUUAUCUUUUCUUUUUCUAAGUCAAUUACCAACCUCAGGCUGGGUUAAGUCCCAUAACUCUGACAUAUAUUUUGGCCAAAUUAUGCCCCCUUUUGGACUUAAAAAAGAUUUGGUUAAAGUUUUGCGUCAAUCUGACUAAAGUACUUGAUCUACUAAACGAAGAUCUGAGAAUGACUCAUUCACAUUCGUCUUCUGUAUAUUUUGGAUUUUCAAUAUUGCUAUUUUUAUUUUCGCAAAUCUGUUUUUAUUUCAACCAAUCAGACGACUUGUUUCAACAAGGAUUUGGCUGAACCAUCAAAAUAGCUUCGAAUGUCAAAGAGUAAGAAAAAUGUGCAGUCAGUCCGGGGCUUGAACCCGGGACCCCUCGCUUACAGGGCAAGUGCCCUACCGACUGACCUAACCGGCUAUCUGACACUUUACGUGACCACGUCCGUAUCAUGACAUACGAUUUCCCUCAAAACACGAGGACGUAGUCGCGAUGUGGUCCUAAUAAGAAUUGUAAAUAUGAAAAACCCAGGCUAAAUAUAGAUUUUUUAAGCUUACAAAAUGUUGUAAGUAAGCCUUCUGAUUGGCUAGCGGAAGGGUCGUCAGAACGAGGCUAUAGCUCGUCUUCAGAUCCUAGGCGUAGCGUAACAGGCGAUGUACUUUAGUCAAAUUGAGUUUUGCGUGCAAGUGUAUAUGGCUAUCAUUUAAAGGCAUAUUGCUUUGAAACUUAUUUUUUCUUUUUCUGUGUCAAUUACCAAAAUCACUGGGCCAAGUCCCAUAACUCUGAUAUGUAUUUUGGGCAAAUUAUGCCCCUUUUUGUACUUAGAAAAUCCUGGGUAUAGUUUUGCAUGCAAGUUACUGUCUCCAAAACUAAUGCAGAUACUGAAACUCUACAGAUAUUCUAACAUUUAGGGUAAUAUUCCUGCUUCCAGGACAACAAUUCGAAUAGUCGAGCAUUUGUUGUCUUACGGACAGCUCUCGUUUAUAUAUGUGUUAUUUUUUGUACAGAUAGACGCCUGAUAUUUCAGACUUAAGUUCUAUUUAUAAACAGUACUGUUUUAGAAUAAAAGUACUGCACACUAAUACUUGUAUUGGUAAACACUAAGUGAAGAUGUAAUGCCGUAAAAACCUGGAAGCUGUUUGCUAGAUAUUCCAUUUGUUGCAGCUGUUCAUGUGCAGUGAGUUUAUACACUUAAUAAAAUAAAUGUUGCUGAGUAAGGUCUUCUAUGUUUCAAUCAAUAUCAAAGGAAAAAAGUAUUUAAGUGAAACAUAAUUAUAGUACAUCUUUAAAUAAUAUUGUAUUAUGAUUUUUAUGUUGAAUAAAAUUUUGCUAUCUA